CGGUCAGACAGACGUUUUGUGAGCGUGCGCUCAGAGCGGGAAAGAAGGCAGUGGGACUCCGGCGGUCAGAGAGAGGAGACAGGGAAAGAAGACAGUGGGACUCCGGACGUCAGAGAGAGAGGAGACAGGGAAAGAAGACAGUGGGACUCCGGCCGUCAGAGAGAGAGGAGACAGGGAAAGAAGACAGUGGGACUCCGGCGGUCAGAGAGAGGAGACAGGGAAAGAGAGAGAACUUCGUGCGUUCUACUACACACAGUCACAGGAUAAGGACGAGUGCGUAGACAGUUAUUAUAGACAUUUGUGUGUCUUCUUUUUAAAUCAACGUUUGCACGUGAGAUUACGGUUGUAGUGGGUGUAAAGGAACUAGAAAAGCAUCGGAGGAAUGUAUCCAGCUAGAGCAACAGUGACCCACCGUCCUCCGAGAUGUCAGCUCCACAUUAUCCGAACCAUCGUGCUACUCCUGGCUGUCCUAGAGAUGACUGCGACACGGUCUGAUUUCCCCCACGACCCCAGUGUUGUGGCCCCCUCCACUUGGAACAGCUCAGCUCUCUUCUUGCGUCUGGAGGCUCCUAUGAACAACAUCACCACGUCUCUGGGCCAGACAGCAGAACUGCUGUGUCGUGUGUCCGGUAACCCCACUCCCACGGUGCGCUGGCUGAAGAACGACGCCCCCGUGGUCCAGGAGCCUCGCCGGAUCUCCUACCGACCAACGCCCUACGGCUCCCGCCUCCGCAUCCGUAACCUGGACACUACAGACACAGGCUACUUCCAGUGUGUGGCCACUAACAGCUACGGCAUCGUCUCCACCACAGGAGUACUCUUCGUCAAGUUUGAUCCACUCCCUACACCAAUGCCAGGGAGGCCCUAUCCUGAUGAUUUUGAUGAGGAGGGGUUCUGCCAACCGUACAGGGGAGUGGCCUGUUCUCGCUUCAUAGGAAACCGCAGCAUCUUCGUUGACUCUCUGCAGAUGCAGGGUGAGAUCGAGACCCAGAUCACAGCCGCCUUCACCAUGAUCGGAACAUCCAACCACCUGUCGGACCGCUGCUCCCUGUUCGCCAUCCCGUCUCUGUGCCACUUUGCCUUCCCUACAUGUGACCGCAGCUCUGGGACAGACAAGCCCAGGGACCUGUGUAAGGACGAGUGUGAGAUCCUAGAGAAUGACCUGUGUAAGACCGAGUACAUCAUCGCCCGUUCCAACCCCAUCAUCCUGAAGAGACUAAAACUACCUAACUGUGAGGACCUGGCGGGACACACCAGCCCAGAGGCUGCCAACUGCAUGAGGAUAGGGAUCCCCAUGGUCGAGCCCUUCAACAAGAACCACAGGUGUUUCAACAGCAGUGGUUCAGACUUCCGCGGGACGGUCAGUAAGACCAAGUCAGGUCGUCAGUGCCAGCCCUGGAACUCCCAGUACCCUCACAGUCACACCUACCUGGCGGUACAAUACCCCGAGCUCAGCGGAGGACACUCCUACUGCCGUAACCCCGGCAACAAGCAGGAGGGACCAUGGUGUUUCACGCUGGACGAGGGGGUCCGCUUGGAACUAUGUGACAUCCCUGUUUGUGAUUAUAAGGAGAAGCGUGGGGGCAGUAACAUGGAGAUUCUGUACAUCCUGGUCCCGAGCAUAGCCAUCCCUCUGUCCAUCGCCCUCCUUUUCUUCUUCAUCUGUUUGUGUCGUAACAACCAGAAGGCUUCUCGCCCCCCAGCCCCCAGACAGCCCAAACCUGUCAGGGGACAGAACGUUGAGAUGUCCAUGCUCACCAACUACAAACCCAAGAGUAAGGCCAAGGAGCUCCCCCUAUCCGCAGUGCGUUUCAUGGAGGAGCUAGGUGAAUGUACAUUUGGUAAGAUCUACAAGGGCCACCUGUACAUGCCUGGUAUGGAGCAUGCCCAGCUGGUGGCCAUCAAGACCCUGAAGGACUACUCCAGCCCUGGCCAGUGGGGGGACUUCCAACAGCUACUGUUAUUGUGUUAUGAAAUUCAUUGA